GUUGCGGUGAGGGGAGAUGUGGGGUGCUCGGGGCUGCGCUCCCUCGGCCCGGAGCUGCGGUUCCGCUGUCCCGGAGCGGGCUGCCCUCGGUGUCCGGGUCUGUGGCCUCCCCAGCCCGGUUCCUCUCCGUCCCCACACCCCGGGGCCGGCGGAGCUUCCCCCGUUCCCGGCCUUGGGGGGCUUGCAGUGGUUUGGACUUUUUUAAGCUGGAAGAUGUGGAGUGGACUCUUGCCUCCAGGACUGAAUGAAAGUGAUGUUGAGUUAAGUUCUGACGAGGGAGAGGAAUCGAAUGGAUCCCUUUCAAAGGAAGAUGUGAAAGAAGAUACUGGGAGAGCUCAGCUGCCUGAAUUCCAGGAGAAUAGACCUGAAAGCAGUGCCAGCAGUGACCCCGUUGUGAUCUCACCGGUGACAGAUGGAGACAACGAAUCUCAAACAUGCCCUCCUGGAAUUCCUUUAACCAUGUGGAAUAAAUUUCUGGAGCUUCAGAAGAAAAACCAUGAAAUGAAAACCCAAGCACAUCAGGAAAACAGAAGCCGAAAAAGAAAGCGCCGCAGAAAAGGGAAACAGAAAAAGAAGGAUGAAGUGACAAAGAGUAGCCAACAAUUGGCAAAUGAAGAGAAAUGGAAAGAACUUACACAGUACUUUGGAAUCAAUGACAGAUUUGAAUCACCUGUGGAUAGCAGAGCUCCACAAAAGUCUGGCCUUGAACUUAGCAUAGAGAAGUCUGUGGCUGAAGGUGACAUUGAUAAAGCUGAGGAGCUGAGUGACAGAUUAGCUGUUCGUGAGCUUGGUGUGAAAAUUGCCAAAGCUGCCGCUUGCCGUAACUUUGUGAAAGCCAAGCAAGAAGCAGAGGCUGCCCAAGAAGCUCGAAAGAAAAAGAAGCUUGCUUGGGGAUUUGAAGCCAAGAAGAGAUGGGAAACAAAAAGCAACAUGGGAUACAUGUAAUCCAUCCUGUUUUCCUCACAAGUGAAAUAACCUGGUUUUACUUGAAGAAUCUUUGUAGGCAACUUUUAAAUCUAAACACACAAAAAACCCCAACACCUUGAAUUUGGUGUGUUUCUUCUAAUGCUGUUAGACUUCAAUAUCUUCUUUUGGCCCCAUCUUGUAAUUCAGCAAAAAUACUAUCUAAAUAUCAAAACUGUGUUAAAUAUAAUAUUUUUCUCCACAGUAUGAAACUCUUAAGGUUUGUAGAAUGUAGAACUCUUUUGUGGUCUGGUUGAGAACACUCCACAGUUGGAAUAGAAUGUUUGUUCCAGGUGUGUUCUGUGCUGCAUUGCAGUUACAAUGUGCAGGUACAAGGAGAAGGAUAAGUUUUCCUGCUAAGGCUAUGCAGACUUAAUGCAAUAAGUACUGCUUUUCUGAUUGCUUGAAAGAUGAGGGGAGACACUAAAUAAAUAAUAGCAAAACUACCCUACCUGUUUAAAGGGGUAUUUUUUUGCAUUUAGGAUCUUAGUAAAGAAGUCCACCCUCCCUCUCUUGAGAGGAUCUGGUACUAUUUGUCAUGUCCUGACAUGUUCUUCAGAAUAUUUAAAAUUGUCAUUUUUCUUUCACAAUUGUUCAAGUUUUAAGAGGUUCAGCUUCUCUUGAGUAGAUAAAUUAAACAAAGGUGGCUCUUGAAAAUACCUGAAAUGUAUUAUAUUGUGCAGGUAGCUGCACCCAAGAAACAAAUGCAGUUUUUACUGCAAGUCAAGUGUUUUACAGAUCAAUUAGGAUUUGAAUGUUUAUGUUAUAAGAUUAUAACAUAAGAAUUUAUGAUAAUGUUUCUUCAAAAUGGUUCUCUGUGAAAAGGACACAUUCAGAACUAAUAACUUUUCUCCCUGAAGCUCUUGAAUUUAUGUUUAGUCACCACAAUGCCUGAAUUGAAUUGGUAAUGUAAAUGUCAGUUAUUGUUAACCAAGAUUAAUAUGUUUCAGGCCAAAGGUAUGGUAUUAGUGUAAUGGUGAUUUACUGUUUGAGCACUUGAGGCUAAAACAAGUUGCCAACAAACAGCAAUUGGAAGUUUUACAGCACCAAUUUGAAGAGUUUAGGUUUGCAGUCCAACACAGGAUAGUGCAUUUUUGUUCAUUAGCCCUCAGGAUGUUUGAUUCUUUCCUUUUUUUUUUUUUAAUUUUUUAAGGAAAAAGCCAUAUUUCUUCCAAAGGAAGAUGAGAGUUUGCACUAUGGUAAUCUGCAGUUAGCUAUAAUUAGAUAUGAUGACAGAGUUGAAUACAAUCACCAGGAUUGUAAAUCAGGGUCUGAACAGGUUUCUGCAGUAUAACAUCAUAAAUCUCACUGUGGUUUACAAGCUAUGUCAGCUUUAGAAUCUUUGGUGUGGAAGCAAGCAAGCAAUAUCUCUUUGUAGACAAUAAGGUAAAUCACCUCUUCACUUGCAUAAACAAACAUUACAUGAACAUUCAAGAUUAUUCUCAGUUCCACAUAUUCCUGUUCAAAACUUACAGGCACUUUGUCCCCAGUGGUUUUUAUUUAUUUUUUUUAAGCAGCUGCCAUAUGAGAUUGAGAUACAGUUGACCUUUCUAUUUGUUACAUACUGAAAAGCAAAAUGAUCCUGAUAAAUCUGUCCUGAAAACAUCAGCAGUAUUCCAUGGAACAUUUAAAAGUAGUGUGUAUUAAACAGGUGCUGUAUGUUUCCUUGUAGUAGUUGCUUUUAAUAAUAAUAUUAUUUGUUUGUCAAAGAUCUUGAUCUUAUUGUAAGGAUCAGGGCUAUUUAAUAUGAAAAUGUGUUUUAAAAGAAAUUAAAAUGCUCAAAAAACAUCUGUUGUCUGAAAACUUUCCACAAUGUGUUUCUCACACCAGUGCAUACUGAGACACCUGUAAUAUUUUUCACUUAAAAUAACCAGUUAGUUUUAUAUUAGGCCAUUAAUAAUGUAACUAAGAAGUGUAACUAUGCAGAAUAUUUGCAUUGGGUUAUUUGUGUGAUAUAUUUAAAAAUUAUCACAGUUCAACUAUUUUGAUCUACCUUGAGCAUUUGCUUAGAAUAUUAUUUCCCAGAAUUAUACCACGUUCAAAAAAACCCCUGAUUAACAGAGAAAAUACAAAAGCCUAAUACAGCUUUAUAGAGAUCAUCUGAAUACAUAAUAAAUGAAUGCAUAACUCAACCUUUAAUAAAUAUCCUCCUAAACUGC